AUGACUGAAGAGUCUGAUGCGAUCCGUGGUUGUAUGCAACAGUCUCACGCCUACACACCGCCAUGGUUUCUACGGUCCAUGUCGUCUGUCGCUCCGUUUAAGGCGAACAUAACAGAGAUGAUAGCCUGGGAAACCCAUUUAAAUACAGAUUAUAUCAUCUGUAUACAAAGCACAUCUUGGAGUAUGUCAUUCACAAAUUAUAUCGCUUAUGAGGACCUAAAAAGUGGGCGGAACCGCAUCGGACAUUAUGACCUCUCUGAGAAGACUAUCCAGCCUUUGAGCUUCAUAUCCGGAACCCAUCUGGACAACCUUUACCAGGUCAUUGAAGUUGGCGAAGCGAACAUCAUCCCCUCCGGGAGCCCCUUUUCAGCCUCAUCAGCGAAAAUACUUCCUCCGUUCACGGGCCGCGAUGUGCUAUGUGUAGGCAAAAACUAUGCCGAGCACGCCAAAGAGUUCAAUAGCUCGGGUUUUGAUAGCUCGGAUAAAGUUGAUACGCCGUCUCAUCCCGUCAUCUUCACCAAACGCUUCACAUCGAUCAUUGGGGACGGCGAGGAGAUCUUCCCACAUCCGGAAUUCACGCAGACGGCUGACUAUGAGGGUGAGAUUGGCGUUGUCAUUGGCAAACCUGGGUUCCGUGUCUCAGAGGAUGAUGCGAUGAGCCAUGUUUGGGGUUAUACGAUUGUGAAUGAUAUGACGGCGCGCGAGCGACAACGAGAUCACAAGCAGUUUUAUAUCGGCAAGUCGCCUGAUACGUUCUGCCCAAUGGGCCCGAUUGCUGUCCCUGCAUCGAAACUCGACAAAGUCCUCUGCGUGCAGACGCAUGUCAAUGGCGAGCUACGACAGAAUGCAACUACAGACGAUCUAAUCUUCUCGAUUCCGUAUCUGAUCAAGACAAUGUCUGAAGGGCAGACACUGAUGCCUGGUGACGUUCUGGCUACUGGUACCCCAGCUGGUGUUGGUAUCGGAAGGAAGCCACCCGUGUAUCUCAGACCCGGAGACACAAUAGCUGUCUCAGUGACCGGGCUAGGCACUCUGACGAACCGCAUCGCGGAUCUGAACUCACCGAAUCCUAUUGUAAAGCGAGUCCAAAACAUAUCUCACUUGCCACAGACCAACACUACGAAGAGCGUUGAUACCUCUAUGCUAACACAGAUCAAUAACAAGCCUCUGUUCUACAAGCAUCUAGGUGAUAGCAAGAAAUCGCCAAUCGUGUUCAUCCACGGCCUCGGCGGUAGUUCCGAGUUCUACACUCCAUUGAUUGAUUCCAUAGACUUAAAGACAGCUCAUUCUCUUCACCUCUUCGACCUCGAAGGGCAUGGUCUCUCGCCGACGUCUCCGCUCAACAGGCUCAGCAUCGAGUCCUUUACGGAAGACGUAAAUGGUAUCUUCGAAUCCGCGAAUAUAACGUCCGGUGCCAGCAUCAUAGCCCACUCAAUGGGUUGUUUAGUUGCAGUAAAUUUUGCACUCACACAUCCUGGCAAGGUCUCCAAGCUCAUUCUACUCGGUCCCCCGCCGUCGCCACUUCUAGAAGCCGAUAGUAAUGCGACUUUCGCUCGUGCUGAGAUGGUGCGUACGAAAGGUAUGGCGGCGGUUGUCGAUGUUGUUGCUGCGGCAGGUACAUCAGCGACGACAAAGGCCUCGAACCAACUCGCAGUAGCAGCGGUGCGCAUGUCACUGCUCGGCCAGGAUCCUGAAGGCUAUGCGAAAGCGUGUGCGGCGCUUGCGGGAGCGAAAGGCCUAGAUUUUGGCGCAAUCCAAGCGACAACGACGACGCUGAUUGUAACUGGAAGUGAAGAUGAGGUUUCGCCGCCGCAGCUGUGCGAGGAGUUUGUCAAGGCGUUGAAAGGGAAGGCAAGCUUGGAAGUGUUACAUAAAAUUGGGCAUUGGCAUGUUUUCGAGGAUCUGCAGGGUGUUUCGAGCGCGGUCAACGACUUCUUGAGAUGACAUCGCCUUAGGGAGAGCAUAAACGAACUUGUGCGUUUCGUUCUACAGAGUCUGAUUGCGUUCACCGAAAAUGUAGCAGCCAGCGCGUACCUCUCCGUACCCACAAGCAUCCAAGAAGUUUCAAUAGACAAGUCUUGAACGUUCAUCCAUCGAGCUGAGCUCGCCGACUUUUCGCGAGCGACGUCAAGACAUUCCCACCCAAGUGUCGUUCCUCCGAACACUGGAUAGCGCGCUGAACUUGUGUCCACAGUCUCAAAACUGAGCCGGAGACUAGUUACCGCUAGUGCACUCGAGAUCGGACUGUGAUGUCAAUGUUCGAGUCGUUGUACACACAUUCGUAUUCGGUUAAUAAUCCCGAACGCUCAUGCAAGCAUCGUAUGGCAAGACA